GAGGGGAUUUCCCCACCCUUCCUCUACGCCGGCGCGAGGCUGCCCUCCACCACCGGCAUUCCCAGUAUGCACCGCGGAACCAGCAGCAAAAAAUAGUCCGCUAACGAAAGGCUGUGAAAAGGGAACCAGAGAAGGGGGUAGCUCACCAGCUAAAUUCAAGAGCCUAACUGUAUCCAACGUUAUCCAGAACCGCUAACAUGGCUGACAACGAGAAACUGGACAACCAGCGGCUGAAGAAUUUCAAGAAUAAGGGCCGAGAUUUGGAGACCAUGAGACGACAGAGGACUGAGGUAGUGGUGGAACUCAGGAAGCACAAAAGAGAUGAACACCUUCUGAAGAGGAGAAACGUGCCCCAUGAAGACAUCUGCGAGGACUCUGAUGUUGAUGGGGAUUUCAGAUCGCAGAACACCUCUCUCGAAACAAUAGUACAAAAUGCCACCAGUGAUAACCAGGGCAUCCAGCUGAGUGCUGUUCAGGCUGCCAGGAAGUUGUUAUCCAGUGACCGUAAUCCUCCCAUAGAUGACCUGAUUAAGUCGGGGAUCCUUCCUAUACUGGUCCACUGCCUGGACAGAGAUGACAACCCAUCUCUGCAGUUUGAAGCAGCCUGGGCUCUAACCAACAUCGCGUCGGGGACCUCAGAGCAAACCCAAGCUGUGGUUCAGUCCAAUGCUGUGCCGCUGUUCUUGAGGCUGCUCCACUCUCCUCAUCAGAAUGUGUGUGAACAGGCCGUCUGGGCCCUGGGAAACAUCAUCGGUGAUGGUCCACAGUGCAGAGACUAUGUGAUCAGCUUGGGAGUGGUCAAGCCCCUGCUGUCCUUCAUCAGUCCCUCCAUCCCCAUCACCUUCCUCCGCAACGUCACCUGGGUCAUGGUCAACCUGUGCCGCCACAAGGACCCUCCACCUCCGAUGGAGACGAUCCAAGAGAUCCUGCCUGCUCUCUGUGUGCUGAUUCACCACACUGACGUCAGUAUCUUGGUGGAUACUGUCUGGGCUCUGUCUUACCUGACGGAUGCUGGGAAUGAGCAGAUACAAAUGGUCAUUGACUCUGGCAUUGUUCCCCACCUGGUACCACUACUCAGUCAUCACGAAGUUAAAGUUCAGACUGCUGCCCUAAGAGCCGUUGGCAACAUAGUGACUGGAACAGACGAGCAGACGCAGGUGGUCCUCAACUGCGACGCCCUCAGCCACUUCCCAUCACUCCUCACUCACCCUAAAGAGAAAAUCAACAAGGAGGCAGUGUGGUUCUUGUCCAACAUCACAGCUGGUAACCAGCAGCAGGUGCAGGCUGUCAUUGAUGCAAAACUGGUCUCCAUGAUCAUCCACCUGCUCGACAAGGGCGACUUUGGCACUCAAAAAGAAGCAGCCUGGGCCAUCAGUAACUUGACGAUAAGUGGGAGGAAAGAUCAGGUAGCACACCUCAUAGAGAAGCAGGUGAUCCCUCCAUUCUGCAACCUGCUCACAGUUAAGGACGCCCAAGUCGUUCAAGUUGUUCUCGACGGCCUCAGUAAUAUCCUGAAGAUGGCCGACGAUGAGGCAGAAACUAUUGCCAAUCUCAUUGAGGAAUGUGGAGGGCUGGAAAAAAUUGAGCUUCUGCAAAACCAUGAAAACGAAGAUAUCUACAAACUGGCAUAUGAAAUUAUAGAUCAAUACUUCUCAUCUGAUGAUAUUGACGAAGACACCAGCCUGGUCCCAGACGCCAUCCAAGGCGGGACUUUCAGCUUUAACUCAGCCAACGUGCCAGCCAAGGGGUUCCAGUUCUAGACGUCACCUGGGGGGUUAUUCUGGAGUUUUGUUCGCGAUGCAGCACCCUGUUCAACAUAAACCAAUUAGGAGAGAAAGAGCGAGAGAGAGCGAGUGUGAGAAAUUCGAUCCAUUGUGCUUGGCUCGUGGGAUCCAUGGCUGCAUCUUAUCUGAGAGAAAAAUAUGUGGAUUUCAUUUGGCAUUCCAGGGGAACCAGCCCAAAUGAAGUUUGAGAUGGCGAGUGGGUGCGAGUGAGAAUGAGUGGCUACAUGUUGCAAAAAAACAUAAAAAAGAAGCAAAACAUCUACAUCGAAUGCGUUGAGACACGCCGACGUAACUUCUGUGUUAUCAGAGCUGUCGACUUUGGAAAACUUCAAACGACAACACAAAAAAAAAAGCCUUGGAUGUCUGUCCAGGGGGAAUCAUGGACAUUUAAAAUAGGAAAUCAAGACCUCUUGAAAUAUCACAAGAAAAAGCAGAUAUGAGUAUAAUUAUGAACAGAGAUGAACCACAAAUAGUCACAAUAUGGCGGUCCUCUCGACAUGAGAGAGCGCCACCCAUGAUGCGCCCCUCCCCCAACCGGCCACGUUUAUCAGACACAAGUGUGAAUGGACUCAUUGUGUAUGAAUGUCUGGACUCAGCGCUGAGGAGCCAGGUUCAUCUCCUCCGAGACGCCCCCUGAUUGGGCAACCAUCCUCAAACCCCCCGCCCCCACCACCUGUCUCCCCUCAGUGGGCGGGGCCAGGAGUUCGACUGAAGGCGUCGCAUGUGCGAGAGAGUGGACGGAUGAGUUGUGUGUGCGCUUGGCUGCGUGCGUGACUGGGAAGUGUGCGAGUCUGAGUGAGAGCGCAUGCAGAGAACGAAAAAGAUACAAAAACGACGACAUCUGAAGAGAAACGCAACAACACGUUAACACAAAGGUUGCAGGAAAGAAAUCCGGCCUUCUGAGCGAGGGUGAUCCUCAAAUCUCUGAAAGGAAGAACUUUGGAAAAUGGAAAAAAAAAUCAUCACAAAGAUUAAUAUUUUUUGUUCAGAAUUAUUUUAAGUUAGUAUUAAUUGACACUGGACAUUGUUUCUGGUAGGUGUGGAGGAGCAGCAGUGCGUUGAAUUAAGAUGCUUUUGGGCUUUUCUUUUUGCCUCCAGUGUGUUCCUUUUUUUAUUAUUUUUAUUUUUCAGCUUUUAGUUUCACUGCUUUUCUGUAAAGGUGAAUGAUGAUGAUCAUCAUAUUCCAUUCUUCCACCUGAACACCGGACGUGGGCUUGAUGCUGUGAAAUUCAGACUCCUCCACCAUAAUCAACCGAAUCCUCUUGUAACCUCCUCAUCUUUCUUCAUUUUACAGCUUAAUCACUGCUUUGGAGUACCAUUGCCACCGCUUUGAGUAUCGCCACAGGAGAACAAAUCGAUGGCCACGUUACGUAGGAUUGUGAAUCAUAACCCUUGCAUGUACUAGCACAGUUAUUUUUAGGGUAUUUUAGUUUCCUUAGGCUGUGAAUACAGUGUAAUUUUCAUUUUAAGUAAUACUGUGCUUAAAUGUUACAUGUGCCCCUUUUCCCUUUCUCCUCACUAUUGUCAAAUUUGCUAAUUAAUCUGUAUGGUUUUGCACAUGUACUGCAAAGUGAGGCCUGGGUGAGUGUUGGUGGGUUUCAACCCCCCCAAAACGACCCUUUACAUUAUGCAUCACUCAGCCACAGUCUUUGUCGUCUUUCUUAAGUAAUCUAAUGAUACUUUUUAGUGCUACUUGAGAAUAUAAUUACUUUAUUUCAGGAGCAGCAGUUGGUGAAAUUGCUGAUGUAUCUCAGCUCGACAUGGAGGGGAUUUAACCUUCCUCCUCUCAAAGUCAAAAGGUGUCCCAUGUGUCAGACUGGAGCUGUUCAAAGCGGGUUUACCUGAAUAAUAAAUAAACCCAUGAACAAGUUUGCCGUAACUUAAGUACCUUGCAGAGUCCUCUCCCUUUACCCCUCUUUGCUCUUCUACAAGCUAAAUGUAAAAGCUUAAACCUCUUUGUUUUUUUGUUUUUUUUGUUGACUUCAAACACUGUAGUAAUGAUUAUACAUUGUGCUCAUAAACCUUCUGUUGAACAUAGGGGUAAUAUUUUUUUGUUUUUUGCAGCAUUCCUUGUUAGCAAAGUGGUUUCAAAUCUUAAAAAUUCUGACCUGGAAUAAUGGAGAAAGCCUAAAAACCUUUUUUGGGUGGAAGGGGGAAGAGGAAGGCUAAAGGAUAGGUUGUCUUCAUGAAAAUAAAUAGUGAAACCCAAACUGA